UUUACACAACCCCUGAGAGAACACAACGCAGAGUUCGUAGCAAAAUUAAAUGUCAGGCUAGACCGGUUACACAAGAAUAAAUGACAUGAAAUUCAGUUUAGUGUAUGACUCAUGACAUAUUAACUCAUUCGGGUAUGUAAAAGUUAUGACUUCCUUCCUGCAGCCUGUAUUUGGUGAUAAGUUUCCAUAUUGUGCCUUUGCUUUGUUCAGCCAAAGGACAGGGGGGAGGGAGUGUCAGGGGGGUUUAAAAGCAUUACAUACCUACUAAGUAUACUAGGAGUUAUACCCAGAAAUAUUCUUUUUACACACGAACACACAGAAAAUAACAUGUUUCCCAUUAGAGGCUAUUAUGAUGCUAGAUUUCUUACAGGACAGAAAAGUAAAAAAGGUUUUCUGGCUACGUGACUGAUUGUGAGGGAGAAAUGUGACAGAUACUUAUGUUGCCUUCACGGACUCCAUGGAGGUACUUCUUUCGCAACAUUUUCAGCCGUGGAGCAAUGUUUUGAAUGAUUUUGUCAUAGCCAUGGCCAUAGACAUAUUAGGGUGAUGACAAAUGGUGGCAAUAAUUCUCCAAUAAACGAGAACGUCAGUCUUUAAAAUACAAAUCUUUGCAGAAUAUUACGAAUGGGUUAGGGUUUAUAAAUGUACAUGGGGUAGGAAACGCACUUAUCAUUAUUAUAAGACCUUAAGUAUACGCACGAUGCGUUUUGGUGAGAAAUGUUUAACGUAAACAAAACCAUAUUUGUUUAGGCUACAAUGAAAACUCCACAAUAUACAUUUAAAUGUUGUUGAUUGCCAGGAAUACACAGGCUCUUACACAUUUGUUACACAGUUAACAAAACACACAGCUAACAUUGCUUGCACACAAACACAGCUUCCAUACUGUACAGAUCCCUUUGUGCCAGAUGUACAAAAGGAUCUGUCUGGGCGACAUUUACAUGUGUCGAUGACAUAGAUAACAUAUUCAACACUAUAAUAUAAAAGUAAAAUAAAAAAAAUAAUGUAAUAACUACAGCUACAAAGUAAAAUCACAUAAAUAUUCAAUAAAUUAUUUUACUUUACUUUUUUCUGUCUGUGUCAUAGUUAUUAGAAAAUUAACCUGUAUGUCCGAUAGCCAUGAAGGCACCACCUGGUUUGUUUUGGUCUGCGGGGCUGUGUCCGAGCCAACCAAUCAGGAAAGAGAAGGGGCGCGGACGUGUCAUGUGACCAUCCUUCCCCGCCCUGCCCAUAAAUCGGCGCGUCCCUCGGACUUGAUUCAUUCUCUGAAGGUCUUGCCUGCAGCAUCCUCGCCUUCCUGACCUCUCUAAGAAGCCUCAACGACGCUUCGCAUCUUACUACUGAAUAAUAAAGAAAAAGAAACAACCUACAUUACUUUUGUCUUUCAUAAACUUACCGAGAGAAAAGAAAUCUGGUAUCGAAUAGCCGAAAUAAAUCCUCCUGCGACACAAACCAGCUUAGUCAUCUCUCCCGGGAGGCAGUCACCUCAGAAUAUUUGAGUUUUAUUCCACAUUUUUAAAGACCAAAAAUGAAAACCAAAUUCAUCAACGGGGUUUCAUCCUCUCCCUCCAUGUCGCUGGGUCUGCUGGUGACCGAGAACGCCUUGCAGGUCCAGCCAGACACCCAGGAGGACUGCAAGGAGCUGGUCCGUCCCGACCAGCCCGACCUGGACACCCGGCGCAAGGCUUAUCUGUGGUGCAGAGAGUUCCUCCAUGGAGCCUGGAAAACCCUGGCGGAGGACGAUUUCCACAUCACCAUCAUAAGGGGUGGUCUGAGCAACAAGCUCUUCCUGUGCAGCCUCCCUGACAGCCUGGACACUGUUGGGGACGAGCCAAGGAGCAUCCUGCUGCGCCUCUAUGGGGCCAUCCUGCAGAUGUCCUGUAAUAAAGGGGAUUCCCGACAGUCAAACAAAGAAAAUCACUUGCAAGGGGCAGAGGCCAUGGUACUGGAGAGUGUGAUGUUUGCGAUCUUGGCCGAGAGGGAGUUGGGACCUAAACUCUACGGCAUUUUCCCUCAGGGCCGACUGGAGCAGUAUGUUCCCAGCCGUAAACUGGACACCUGUGAGUUAAGUGACCCCAGUAUCUCAGCGGAGGUUGCAGAGAAGAUGGCCAAGUUUCAUGCAAUGAGGAUGCCUUUCAACAAGGAACCCAAGUGGCUGUUUGGAACCAUGGACAAAUACCUGAGCCAAGUCAUGAGGCUCAAUUUCACCAGAGAGUCCCACCUGCGUCGCUUCAACCGCCUCCUCAGCUACAACCUGCCACAGGAGAUGGAUAUGCUCAAGUCUCUGCUGGAGUCCACACACUCUCCUGUGGUGUUCUGCCACAACGACUGCCAGGAAGGGAACAUCCUUCUUCUGAAGGGCCGCCAGACGUCAGACAAACAGAAGCUGAUGCUCAUUGACUUUGAGUACAGCAGCUACAACUACAGGGGAUUUGACAUUGGUAACCAUUUUUGUGAAUGGAUGUAUGACUACAACUGUGACGAGUUUCCUUUCUUCAAAGUUAACGCUCAGGCCUACCCCUCAAAGGCCCAGCAGCUCCACUUCAUUGAAAACUAUCUGCGUGAGUCUGACCAAGGGUUUGACAACCUGAGUGAGGAGGACCAAAUGAAACUGAAGGAGGAGCUGUAUGUGGAGGUCAACAGGUUCUCUCUGGCAUCCCACUUCUUUUGGGGCUUGUGGUCCAUCAUCCAGGCCCGGCUCUCCACCAUCAAGUUUGGAUACCUGGAGUACGCCUUGGCCAGAUUUGAUGCCUACUUCCAGCAGAAGAAGAUCUGGGCUGUCUAAUGGAAUGAGAUGAUUGGAUGGAUUGACAACGUGUUCAGCCAAACGGCAGGAGGAGGACAUACUGGCUGAUAAAGAUUCCACAUGCUUUACUUACACUCCCUGCCUUGAGAGUAUUUGCUGGCUACUGUUGGUGAUGCGUUGACCAAAGCCUAGACUUGAUCACAUGGCUAGGUGCUUAAAGUACACCCCUAAAUCCAUUGCAGCUCAAAAUUUACACCGCGUAACUCCCUGAGAGCCAAAAAAAAGACAAAAUGUCGACUUGUACUAACCUUCAUCACUGGUGAGAACUGCUCUCUGCUUCUGCCUUGUUUGAACCAUACCACUAACAUGAGGGUUACGUUUUGAGCAGGAGAAAGGUGGAUUUCGGUUACAGCUGGGUUGGAAAUGUUAACAUUGCAUCAAUGUAUAUGUAUUGAUCAUUCCUUUAUGGAAAUGCUCUGUGGGAAAGAACCAAAAUGUGAACUUCUCUUGGUAGGUUCCUGCUUACUUAAGCAGCCAGUUGCUAACUAUGUAUAUUAUAUAUAGAUCUCAAUGUGCCAGUAACCUGGUCCUAUCUGUUACUGAUGGGCUGGCUUAUUGGCUGGUGGAAUCAUGACUUGAUCAACAGGUCAGAUUGAUGUCUACACCUCUAGAUAUUACACACUUGGUAUUUGUUCUAUUUUCUUUUUUAAACGGCUGUAUUUGAUAUUUUCUUUAGGCCAGGGCAUCAGAUAAUGUUGUAUUUCCAUGUAUGUGAACAGUUGAGGUUCUUUUUUCUGUGUUAAACUCCACCAAAUCAAAAUCAAAGUAAUCAAACUUCAGGUAUUUCCUUUACAAUUAGGUCUGGUUUUGCCUGGCUACCUAGCUAAAAACGCCAUUACACCGACGAGCUUUUCUUAAGCGUGUUAAAUCUAUACUGACAGAGAUGUGGUAGAUUUAUGGUAUUAAUAUGGAUCACUGGGACAGUAAAUCUCCAUCUCAGUAUAGUUUACAUAUUGGCUAUUUACAUCUGCGUUGUGUGAUUUUUGCUAAAAAGACUUUCCAGUUAUGCUUUAUGAACCUGAGGAAUUGUUGCUAAAUUCUCUAUUUGUAACUAGGGAGCUACAGUAAAUGACCAUAAUUAAGCAUUGAAGAAAACUUCACACAGUACACUGUGGUUCCUUAUAGUGGUUAUGGAUUCUUUGAUGACAUCACUGUUUUUCUGGCACAAGUGCCUCCUGCCAAGUUGCCUCAUCAUGGUAUCCAUAAUCCAAAAUAACAACAGAGGCAGGCAGACCAUACUGCACAGCUGAAUUUUGCACAGAUUACUUCAAAUAAGUUGCAACUGCAGCUGUGUAGCAACUCUGUUAAAGGGGCAUUUGGUAAAAUGUUGCUUUAACCAUAUCUAUCAGUGACCAAGACCACUCUUUGUUACUGAGAGCUGAGUCAUUGGUGUUAAUCACCUCAACCCCUGACACACAUUGGCUCAUAUAAUGGUCAUUGUCUUCCCUAGUGGGAUAAAAGUCUUACUUAAUGCACAUUUAACAAAGGAAUUCAGUACUGGGAUAGAGAAACACUGUGCCCUGUGUGUGUCAGGCUUACCUCAUUGGUUCUGCUUUCAGACUUUCUCAUAUGCAGAUGGAUAAUUGUUCAAAAUUGUUUAAAAUGAGCAAUGGUGAGAGUGAGAACUGUGACUAAUUUGUCCGGCUCAUCCAAACAUCCUGAGACCAGCUCAAUUCUACCUCACCACGGCAAGUUAUUACAUGUGCGCCAAACUCUCAAGAACUGUACUAUUACACCUAGAUACACAAAUUUAUCAUCUGCUGCUAGGACAGCCUUCAUUUUGCCUUUAAAUGAGACAUAGAUAUGUUGAAUUUUAGUUUAUUUUCCUUGCCUGGCACUUCUCACAUUUGGUGAAAAACAGCUUUUUGGUGUUGUUAGCAUUUCUCUUUUCACUCUAAUUGGUACCAGUGACCAUGAGCUAACGUUGAUCAGCUUGCCACUACAGUAGUAGUGCCUAUUAGACUUGAUUCGAAAUGCUAACAAUGGCAGCAAAGCUUUCCAUGAUAGACAUCAAUUGUCUACACUUUUUUCACAUUUUCAAUAUUGGGAGGGUAUAGUACCCGGUGGAGAACAAUCAGACUAAAAUUGACCUUUCGCUAAACCCCACCCCAUUAGUUACUGUUACUACACCUACAACAUCAGCUUUCCAUUCUCACACACAUAUGCAGUUUACAAUAACAGGCAGAUUUACAACUCAAAAUUCUUUGCAAUUUUUGAAAUAAUGGGUUCUUGAUAUCAGCCAGAGAUAAACAAAAGUAGGCUUCUCAUUUCUAGCCAGUGACUGUCGAUUUUAAAGAUGGUAAUGACUGUCGCUGUAGCUAGCUAAUUAAGCUAUCCUUAGCUAGUUUGCUGAAUGCUGAACGCUGUGUCAGGCUGACUUUUUAAUGUUUCCAAUGAACUUGUUUUAACAUGAUAAUUCCAUAGAAGAGGUCUUAAAUAUACACUUGAUGGCUACAUACAUAAUAUGCUAAAAGUCUGAGGCUAAAGCUACAUGUCCCAGGCAAAAGUCAGCAUCUCCACCAGUUGAUGAUAAGACAUGGAAAUAUAGGAGAAGCAUUGUUUGCAUAUUGCAGUGUACAGCUAGCUAAUAUACUUGUUUUUUCAACCAGUAUGUUUUAACAUUUAAAGAGAAAAAGCUUUUAUAAUGAGGACCAACUAAUGUGUUUGGAAAAUGUAACCCUACAGUAUGGCUGAGUCCAAAAUCACUCCCUAUUUACUAUGUAGUGCACUACAUUUACCCUCUGCCAUUUUAUUUGCUAAUAUUAGCCUAAAUUCUGAUAGCAUCCAGGUUUCCAUACAGUGGGAGUCAUGAAUGGGGCUUUUGUUAUGGAACCUGUAAUCCCAUAAAGUAAUGUAGUUACCAAAUAAUAUGUUCCUAUGCUUUAGAAGUAACACUCAGUGAGUCUUGUCAGUUAGGUAGUACGCUUGUGCACCAGACAAGCUUAUGAUUGCAGCUAACGUUACACAAUGCAUUCCUUAUGCUUUUGUUUUUGUUUUUUGGAAAGGCUAAAAAAAAUAAUACACCACCCUCUAUAUUUUUUAAAUGCUGAGCAUUGCUGACAGCCCCAUGCACAUCACUUCGACAUGAUGAAAUCCAAAGUUUGACAAACCUGCUGGUCUUAAUUACAAUUGGUUACUAAGCUAUGAUUAGACAAUGGGGGUUUAGCAAAUGGUCAAUUCAAAAGGUCAAUCUAAAUUGUCUCCUUCACCAAAGAUAUUGCUCAACAUCUGGUUUACUUAUCAUACAAUACUGGUUAGAAACACUUAAUUUGACCCUUAUUUGCCAUAAAAUGUAUGAUUCAUUGUUGAAAUGCUGUGAAAAGAUACAUUAAUAACUGCAGCUGUGUGACUGUGCUGCUACAGAUGAAAGCUGUGCAAUCACCUCAAAAGUUGACAUGCAUAUUCAUGUUUAUUCAAGUUUGGUUGUAGCACAUUUAUACAGCAGGGUAGAGUCCCUGUUUAUCUGUGAGCCACUGGGAUUUAGUGUGGAAACCACCAAAAUGACUGUGAUUUUCUUAAGUGUACAGUAGGCAUUACCUCAUACUUCUUGUGAGAAUGGCUACACAGUCAUCUACAGUGUACACGAACAGAACGAACUGACCUGGAUCAUAAAACUUAUCUGAUCACUGCACCAGUCACCUGGUGAUACUGGAACCAUCCAGAGGUGUUUGAAUGUCUACUGUGGCACUUUUAAUCUAAGGACCGAAAAAACAAUAUGUACUUGAGUAUUUUCAUGUUUAAUCAUUUGGGGUCUGUUGAACUAUGACUCAUUUAAGUUCUUGAAAUGUUAGUUUUAUUUUACAUGCAAGUGUAUUUUGUAUAUUUCAAUGUUAUAUUUCAUUUGGAAUGUGCUUAAUGUAUAGUUUAAUCUUUAUUUUGAGAUGCAAUGAAAUGAGGGAUGGAUCAGCAGAAUGUCUAGUGGAUUGGACUGGACAAUUAUAAAAAUUUAGUGUUAAUGGUACAUCCUUCAUGAGGCAAUAGUCUUUAUUUUAGUACCUGUUCUUUUCACAAGGGCGAUUUUUUUUCUUCUUUCUACCUAACCUGAAUUUGUUUUUUCUUAUUCCGAAAGUUGUUUUUCAUUUUUUAAAUAUAUCUUUUGCCCAUACCUUUCUCUAUACGCUAUGUCCAACUCAAUUCUCUUGUCCGUUGCCAUUAUUUUUAUUUGUUACAAAAAAAAUGGACACCAUGAUCUGUACCUGCUGUACAUUCCAUACUUGUUACUCCAAUAUCAUGUACACUCUGGACCAAAAGAACUACCAGUUUGAUCCAAUUGGUUAUUUCAGUAAAAAUGUAAUUUGUCCCCAGUCAAGAACAAAGAAACACCCUCACUUCUGUUAACACUUGUUAUGUAAUACAUGUAAUAUUCACUAACAAAAAUAUAGAGGGUCAUGCUAUAAAUUAUCUAAAUAUAAAGAAUGGCAAACUUGUAUCUUUGUCAUUCUAAAUAUUCUUGAGAAUGUACAUUGUGUUAAUGUAUUCCACUUAUUUUUGUGAAAAAGAAAACACAUUAUGCUCUGUGACAGUAUGUACUUAUUAAUACAUACUUUGUCAUAUAAAAUGGUUUUGGGUGAACUGCUGCAGCAUAGAAAUGACUUUGGCUGUAAAUUUACGUUUCUGCUUUGCACAAAUAAAAGUUAAAGAGAAAACAA